UCGCGUGUUGGGCGGUGCUGCCUCGGCUUGGCUCCGCUGGGCUCGGGCUCCGGCUGGCGCUUCUGUGGGGGUGGGCGGCGGGGAUGACAGCGCCUGCGGCACGGAGCUGAGCGAGCCGCGAGCGAGUCGAGGGAAGAGAAGGAAGUGGAGCCGCCGCCCGGAGCUCUGUAGUCAGCUGCCACGCUGAGUCCGGACCUGAGAAGACUUCCUCGCCGGACUCCGGCCGCCGCGGCUCCGCGCCCCUAGCCGGAGCCCUGCCCCGCCUGCCCUACCUCUGGGUUCCGCGCUGGGACGCUCCCGGCCCCGCGGUCCAGGGCUUUGUGGGCGGGACGCCGCGAACCCCCAGCGCUGAUCCAGCGCACCAGGGCGGACGCUCGUGGCCCACCAUAAGUGUCCGUGGUUGCGGGCUCGUCCCAGUCCCUCCACAGUGUGUGUGGGAUCCCCCAGCCUUCCGCCCGGGGUUGGUACAGGUACCCCAAGCCCUGCGCCCCCACUGCUGAGUGCAAAGGAGCCUGGACGCCCCCAGCUUCUGGUUCCCCGAGACCCGAAGAAGCCUCAGCUGCCUUCGACCCGGUGCUUCGGACUUGAGACCGUGCGAGCGCACACGAAGCCCCGGCCAGCGUCAGCGUCCGGUGAGAGGUCCCAGACCUGCUAGCCAGUCGGACUGAACUGCACCGGGAUGGUGCUGUGAGCAGGAGCUGCCACCUUCUUAACGCCCCAGGCGAGGGGCUCCGCGCGUGCCCGGAAGAGAACACACAGGGGCCCCGUCUGCCCCGGCCGCGGGCGAGAGCCGAGAGCUGCAGGGACCCCGAGGCCUGGGGGACCAGGGUGCCAGUUCUGAGGUCCUAAAGCAAGCGAGUGGUGGAGGCAGAAGUACACCUCAGCAAACCUUGCCAAACAUCCUGGAAGGUAUCUACUCCCUCUCCCUGGACCAGCCAGGGGCCUCCAUGGGCGCCUGAGGGCUGGGCACCAGGGCUGCGGGCACGAGCAUGGUGAGACACCAGCCCCUGCAGUACUAUGAGCCGCAGCUGUGCCUCUCCUGCCUCACAGGCAUCUACGGCUGCCGCUGGAAGCGCUACCAGCGGUCCCAUGACGACACCACUCCGUGGGAACGCCUCUGGUUCCUGCUCCUCACCUUCACCUUUGGCCUCACACUCACCUGGCUCUACUUCUGGUGGGAAGUGCACAAUGACUACGAUGAAUUCAACUGGUACCUCUACAACCGCAUGGGCUACUGGAGUGACUGGUCUGUGCCCAUCCUCGUGACCACAGCGGCUGCCUUCGCUUACAUCUCAGGGCUCCUGGUCCUGGCACUCUGUCACAUCGCCGUGGGACAGCAGAUGAACCUGCACUGGCUGCACAAGAUAGGGCUCGUGGUCGUGCUGGUGUGCACGGUGGUGGCCCUGUCGGCCGUGGCCCAGCUGUGGGAGGAUGAGUGGGAGGUGCUGCUGAUCUCCCUGCAGGGCACAGCACCACUCCUGCAUCUCGGGGCCCUGGCUGCUGUCACCGUGCUCUCCUGGAUUGUGGCAGGACAGUUCGCCCGCGCAGAGCGCUCCUCCUCCCAGAUGGCCAUUCUCUGUACCUUCCUCACCGUGGCGUUUGCCCUCUACCUGGUCCCUCUCACCAUCUCCUCUCCGUGCAUCAUGGAGGAAAAGGACCUCGGCCCCAAGCCUGCCCUCAUUGGACACCGUGGGGCUCCCAUGCUGGCCCCAGAGCACACACUGAUGUCCUUCCAGAAGGCCCUAGAGCAGAAGCUGUAUGGAUUACAGGCUGACGUCACCAUCAGCCUGGAUGGUGUGCCCUUCCUCAUGCAUGACGCUACCCUGCGGCGCACCACCAACGUGGAAGCAGCGUUCCCCGAGCUUGCCCGCAGGCCUGCCUCCAUGCUCAACUGGACCGUCCUGCAGAGGCUCAAUGCUGGCCAGUGGUUCCUGAAGACGGACCCCUUCUGGACGGCCAGCUCGCUGUCGCCCUCUGACCACAGGGAGGCCCAGAACCAGUCCAUCUGCAGCCUGGAGGAGCUCCUGGAGCUGGCCAAGGGCAACGCCACACUGCUGCUCAACCUGCGUGACCCGCCCCGAGAGCACCCCUACCGCGGCAGCUUCCUCAACAUCACAGUGGAGGCCUUGCUUCGCUCGGGCUUCCCCCAGCACCAGGUUAUGUGGCUGCCUAACAGACAGAGGCCCUUUGUGCGGAAGGUGGCUCCUGGCUUCCAGCAGACAUCAGGCUCCAAGGAAGCAGCCACCAGCCUGCGGAGAGGCCACAUCCAGUGGCUGAACCUGCGCUACACUCAGGUGUCCCGCCAGGAGCUCAGGGACUAUGCAUCUUGGAACCUGAGUGUGAACCUCUACACAGUCAAUGCGCCGUGGCUCUUCUCCCUGCUGUGGUGUGCGGGCGUCCAGUCUGUCACCUCCGACAACUCCCACACCUUGUCCCAGGUGCCUUCCCCUCUCUGGAUCAUGCCCCCGGACAAGUACUGUCUCAUGUGGGUCACCGCCGACCUGAUCUCCUUCACCUGCAUCGUUGGCAUCUUCGUGUUCCAGAAGUGGCGCCUGGGUGGCAUACAGAGUUACAACCCUGAGCAGAUCAUGCUGAGUGCCGCAGUGCGCCGGACCAGCCGGGACGUCAGCAUCAUGAAGGAGAAGCUCAUCUUCUCAGCAGAGAUCAGUGAUGGCAUGGAGGUCUCCGAUGAGCUCUCCGUAUGUUCAGACAACAGUUACGACACAUAUGCUAACAGCACGGCCACCCCUGUGGAGCCCCGAGGGAGUGGCAGCCGAGCCAAGACCCUCCUAGACCAGAGGAGGCGUUAGCUGAAGACCUGUCUGUCCCAGCCUGCACUUGACAUGGAGAUCAGGGAACCCAAGAGUGCUGGCAGAAGCGCAUCUGGACUUGGAGUGCUCAGGGAGCUGGCUCCACAGCUGCCUCGUUGGCCCCAACUCCUGGCCAGCCAUGGUCUCUCUCGGAGGUGGCUCCCCUCUCCCCUGAGGCCCAGCAGGACCAGGACUCCAGACUCUCACAGGCCCCUGCAGUGCUGGGAUACCUCCUGGGAAGUUGAAGGCCUCAGGCCUGGUCCUCCCUCUGAGGCCCUCCCUUGAGCAUCCUGACUUGAAAACUUCAGUGGGUCACUGGGCCAUGCCAUGCCCUCCAGGGCAAUGGAAGAUAUGAAUGCCCGAAUGUGUCCAUCCUCCUGUCUAUGCUGUGAGGCAGCCGACUUCUCUGUGUUUCUCCUGCCUCAUGGACCUGGGCUGAGUCCUGCCCCAGCAGCUCUGCUCUUCACAUCAGACCCAAAACAAGGAGGUUUGGCCCAGGAGGACAGCCUGCUGCAGUGGAGGAGACCCUCCCCCGACCAGCCUCCCACCACUGCUGGCCUUGCCCCAGGAGAGGGCCUGAGCCGUGUCCGCUGGAGUACCUGGAGAUGGCCAGAAGAGACUCAGGGCUUCUCAAUCCCAGGCCCUGGGACAGUGGCCCUGGAGGUCCAGAUUACAGGCUGACACCACCUCAGGUUCCCACGUCAGAGGCCAUAAGGCAGGGGCCACCUGGGAAGAGUAUUCUGGGCAGGGUCAAGGGUGGGUGUAUUGCCAAGGAGGGCUACAGUGGAGGGAGCCUGAGGGGCCUUGGCCAAGAUGAUUAAAGCUGCCAUCUUGA